AUGGAUCAUCCCCUGGAGUUACAGUUGAGCUCGUCGAACUCUAGCAGUUCUUGUUCGACACAGGAUUCUCCGUCGCCAAGCUGGACCUUCACUCAACAGAAGGGUACCCUUACUGCGGUGCUGGAGCAGCUACCCAUUCCAUUUAUGAUCAACGUACUGGACGAAAUGUGUCACCUCCCCGAACUGGCACAACACCAACGGCAAGUGCUAUCCAAUCCUUAUAACGUGAGCAACAUCCUCAGAUGCGAACCAAGCGCUCGAACGAAGCUCACAGUAUACUUCCAGUGGUUGGAGAAAUCGACGAAGAAUUUCGUAUGGACUCUGACGGAAAACAUCUGCCACUUCAUUGCAUUGUAUCCGGAUCUAUCUGAUGGCCAUUUGCUUGGAUUCCGCUAUAUGCUCAAGCUGGGAACGUUCCUAAUGGAAGCCGGCUGGUACGCUGAAGCCAUUAUCCUGCUGAACAUCGCUAAAGGUCAAGCCAAAGGCCGAUCUAUUAAGACUUUACAAGUAUUGAAGGUUCUGGUUCUCGCCGAAUCCCUCUCAAACCGCGACGAAGCUGCUUUCCUUACAAUUUCGGAGAUUCACUCACUCGCAGGCAUAACCAAAGUUGUCCCGAUGAGCUUAACCGCUGAACUGCAUUGUGCUCUAGCGGCCAGCUACUUCGAGAACUGCGAGUUUAACGCAAGCUAUCAACAAGGACUAUUGGCACUGCAGUUACUAGGUGAAGGCAUCUGUCCAUACGAAACAAUGAUUGGGACGUUUCGUCAGCUGGGGAGAAGCUGUAUCGCCAAGCAGAGAUUAUUCCAGGCAAAACUACUGAUAACGCAGGCGGUGAGUUGGGCAUGGCAUAGCUUUGGAUCGACGAGUGUAGUGUAUGCGGAAGCAUUGGAGGAUUAUGCUUUCUACCUGUUGAUGAUGAAUGCCUACGACGAUGCUAUGAAGGUAGUAACCGAAGCUAAAAACAUCUACUUCGAUGUGUACGGAUAUCUGGGCGUGCAAGCUGAGUUGGCGCAAGGAAAUCUAGCGUUUCGAUUGUAUUUGGAAAGCUACGGAUACCAGGAGCUCGGGUCGCUUGAUCAGUACAUGGAAUAUAUUGUCGAUCUAGAAGAUAACCGACGGAAGGCGCAUCUAGGUGGAUCAGAUGACCGGCAGAUGUUGGCUGUUGGAAGAAUGAGGCCCUUGGUUGCUGUAGGCGACAUUUGCAAAGUGGGGAACGUAAUGGUACCCAGAGAUGGAGUUGAAAACGUACAACCGCAAAUGGUGGUCAAUGACGUUAGAAGAUUGUUCUUCACUAAUUUAUUGUGA